AUGCACUAUGCUGCAGCAAUUUGCAAGCUGGGGGCUCUUGAUGAUUACAAUACCAAAUCACCUGAACACCUCCAUAUUGAUUUUGCAAAACAAGCAUACCAGGCAACCAACCGCAAUGUUUUCAUCUCACAAAUGGUUACCUACCUCAAGCAACGCAAACGUGCAUUCAAGUUUGACAUAUACCUCAGAUGGGCCAUUUCUGAAUACGGUGAACGCAAUCUCCUCAAGAAUGAGGCUUUGGAGGCAAAGAGAAUCCCUGGGUGGCAUAUUGCCAAGAAGAGCCUGUUCAAACCUUUUCAAAUUGAUUGCAUCAAGUUGGUCUUUGCCAUUGAAUGGUUUGAAUGGGCACUCAACAAAUUUACCAAGAAUGAACAUGGACGUGCAUUCUUGCAUAACUUGCAGGACAUGAUUAUGGUUUUCCCCAAGGCAACGCAAUAUCUUAAGGAUGACUUGACCCUUGGUGAUGGGUUUACCAAUGUUGUACACCACUGUAAGGUGGGUACACACUAG